AUGGAUCUACUUCUAGCUCUCAUAAUUAUCAUACCGAGUCUAUUUCUUCUUCAGGCUCUCGUUACGUUUGUCAAGAAAGCAUGGUGGAUGCCGAUCAGUAUACAAUCAAUGAUGAAAUCACAAGGUAUCAAAGGUCUCCCUUACGCGUUUCCUAAUGGAAACACUCAAGUGAUCACUGCCAUGAGAAACCGAUCAAUGAGCCACCCAAUGGAUAUUUCUCACGAUAUAUUCUCAAGAAUCCAACCCCACGUCGAGUCAUGGAUCAAAAUCUACGGGAGGAAUUUCAUAAACUGGCAUGGUUCACAAGCACAGAUUUUUAUUACAGAACCUGACCUUGUUAAGGAAGUACUAAAUAACCGAGAAGGAGCUUAUCCAAAAAUGGAUAUGGAAGGGUUUGCAAAGAAGCUUUUAGGUGAAGCGCUUAUAACAAAUGAAGGCGAGAAAUGGUCAAAGGUUCGGAAACUAGCUAACCAAACAUUCCAUGCUGAGAGUUUGAAGAAUAUGAUUCCAGAUAUGAGCACAAGCUUUGAGAUGAUGUUAGAUAAGUGGAAAGACUAUGAAGGCCAUGAAAUCGACGUUCAUAAGGAAUUUGGGUUGGUAACGACGGAGGUGAUAUCAAGAACAGCUUUUGGUAGUAGCUAUGUCGAAGGGAGGCAUAUAUUUGAGAUGGUGGCAAAGUUAACAUCGAUAACUGUUAGAAACAUAUACAAGUUACGCUUUCCACUCAUCAGUUCAAUAUUGAAGACAGAGGAUGAGAUUGAAGCAGACAAGCUUGAAAAGGCGAUAAAGAGAUCGAUUCUAGCCAUUGUGAAGAAAAGAAAGGCUAAUACGGAUGAAGGGGAUGAUGAGUUUGGAAACGAUUUCCUUGGACAAAUUGUGAAAAUUGCUAACCAUUCUGAUGAAAGCAAGAGAAUCACGGUAGGCCAAAUGAUCGAUGAGCUCAAAGCUAUAUAUGGUGCAGGACAUCUCACAACCACGAGCUUGCUUUCAUGGACCGUUUUCCUUCUAGCGAUUAAUCAAGAUUGGCAAGACAAAGUAAGGGAAGAAGUGCUCGAGUUCUUUGGUCAGGGAAGCCCCAAUUCUGAUGGCAUUGCAAGACUUAAAAACAUGAAUAUGGUGAUUAAUGAGUCACUCAGGCUAUAUCCUCCGGUGCUUCAGUUGACCAGAAAAGUAGACAGGGAGAUCAAACUUGGAAACCUUACUCUUCCUGCUAAAGCAAAUAUUUUUCUGUCAACUCUUGCACUUCAUCACAACCCAGAAAUAUGGGGAAAGGAUGUUCACUGUUUUAGACCAGAAAGAUUCGCAAAUGGGGUUGCUGGAGCUACAAAGAACAACGCUGCAGCAUUUUUUCCUUUUGGGAUGGGACCUCGGACUUGUGUUGGCUUAAACUUCACCACGAAUGAAGCCAAGAUUGCACUUUCAUUGAUCUUGCAGCGUUACAGCUUCACCCUUUCGAGUAAUUACGUACAUUACCCAGCUGAUGUGUUCAUCCUCAUUCCAAAAAAGGGUGUUCAAAUUAUCCUUCAUAAGAUUUGA